AUAAUAAAAACAGAAAAAUCGGAAAAAGGAAGAAUAAAAAAAAAUCAAAGAUCAGCAGCACACAGGCAACCCGGGGAAGCCUUCGCAUCAUCCCUACCCCACCCCUCACAGUCUUGUGGAGUAAUGUCCAACAUGGCGGCUGCUUCUGAACACGAGCGGGAACUAGAGGGCUGGUACAACCCUCCCAAAGAAAUCCAAGAUGAGGCACAUAUCGCCUCAAUGGAUGCAUACAAAGCUAGGUACAAGCAAUCCAUUGAAGAUCCCGCUGGCUUUUGGGGAGAAGUCGCAAGCGAUUUUUUCUGGAAGGUCCCGCCAAAAUCCGACCUCUUUCUGAAAUACAACUUUGACUUGGAUAACGGAAGUGUGGAUAUCAAAUGGAUGCAAGGGGCCAAGACGAAUAUUUGCUACAAUGUCUUGGAUAGAAAUGUGCAUGAUAAAGGUUUAGGUGAUACUGUGGCUUUUUAUUGGGAGGGGAAUGUACCAGGGGAUACCAAGCAGAUCACCUAUGGAGAGUUACUGAAGCAAGUCUGCAAAUUUGCUAAUGUCUUAGAGUCAAAAGGUGUUAAGAAAGGUGAUCGCGUCGCUAUCUACAUGCCCAUGAUCAUGGAGCUUGUUAUUGCGAUGCUUGCCUGCGCGCGCCUGGGUGCUGUUCACUCUAUUGUGUUUGGUGGGUUCUCUGCAGAAUCUCUAGCGGAGCGUAUACUAGAUUCAACAUGUAAAAUUCUCAUCACAGCAGAUGCGUCAUAUAGAGGUUUGAAGAUGAUUAACCUCAAAGAGAUUGCAGAUCAUGCUAUUAUUAAGUGCAGGGAAAGGUCAUUCAAUGUAGAGGCAUGUAUUGUUGUUCGUCAUCUUGGGCCAGAUAAGAGAGUACCAACAGAUCCAUCCAGCUCUCCACCCCCAAAGAGACCUUGCCACCAGCUCCAGACAUCAUUUGACAGCUCCAUUGACUGCUGGUGGCAUGAGGUUAUGGCGGAGGCAAGUGACGAGCAUGAUACAGUGUGGGUAGAUGCCGAAGAUCCACUGUUCAUGCUUUAUACAAGUGGAUCUACUGGUAAACCUAAAGGUGUUCUACACACCCAUGGUGGCUACAUGCUUUAUACUGCCUUGACAUUCAGAUACUCAUUUGAUUACCACCCUGGAGAGGUGUACUGGUGCACUGCCGACAUUGGCUGGAUCACAGGGCAUAGCUAUAUAACUUAUGGACCGAUGGCUAACGGCGCCAUUAGUGUAUUGUUUGAAGGCACCCCGUUUUAUCCAGAUUGUGGACGCUUCUGGGAUAUUGUAGAUAAAUACAAGGUCUCUAAAUUCUACACAGCUCCAACUGCUAUUAGAUCCUUAAUGAAAUUUGGCAAGGAAAUUGUCACCAGCCACAACCUGGAAUCCCUGAAAGUUCUCGGUACUGUUGGAGAGCCAAUCAACCCAGAAGCGUGGCUUUGGUACUAUCAUGUUGUCGGCCAUAACAAGUGUGCGAUUGUAGAUACUUACUGGCAAACCGAAACGGGAGGUCACGUAAUCACUCCCUUGCCUGGAGCAACUCGUACCCGCCCCGGAGCAGCGACCUUCCCGUUCUUUGGUGUCGAGCCCGCUAUCGUUGACGAGAAAGGCAAUGAGCUUGAGGGUCCCUGCGAGGGGUUCCUGGUAAUCAAGCGACCAUGGCCAGGGAUGGCACGUACCAUCUACGGCAACCACAAGCGAUUUGAGAACGUCUACUUUGACAAGUUCCGCGGUUACUACACCACGGGUGAUGGUUGCAAACGAGACGAGAAUGGUUAUUACUGGGUGACGGGCAGAACGGACGACUGUAUGAAUGUCAGCGGUCACUUGUUGUCUACUGCGCAGAUCGAGAGCGCAUUGGUGGAGCAUGACGCCGUCAGCGAGGCCGCAGUGGUUUCCUGUCCGCACAAGGAGAAAGGUGAAGGGAUCUACUGUUUCGCGACCUUAAUGGAGAAUGUCGAGCUGGACGAAAAGCUGAUCAGGGAACUCAAACAAAAAGUUCGUCUGAAGAUCGGUCCGUUCGCCUCGCCAGAUGUCAUUCAAAGCGCGCCCGCCUUGCCGAAGACACGCUCGGGCAAGAUCAUGAGACGAGUACUUCGCCAAGUAGCGAAGAACGACCGCCAAACGGGCGACCUCUCCACCAUCUACGACCCGGCGGUGGUGGAUAGUCUGUUCGAGGCCAGGCCGCACGUCCCUUUUUUACCUGAUUAAGACUGGACACUAGUACCUAGGAAGCAAAUGAGAGUGACGAAGACCAAACUAGUCUCGUUUAUUGGGGAAGGAUGGGGGUUGACAAGGGAGAGGGCGGGAUUGUUUCAUUCAACUCUACGCAUACUGUUCGCGGUAUUCUGUAAUUAUGCUAUUACUGUGAAAUAUUUAAUCACAAUAAAUCUCAAACAUAAUGAUGAAGGUACUCAUGUACAUGUGGAAUAAAUGUCUGUUAUUA